AUGACCAAGAUCAUCCUUUCGAUCAACGCGGGGUCCAGCUCCGUCAAGAUCUCCGCCUACGCCGCACGGUUCAGGGAGCCGCCGAAGCAGCUCGCCGAGGCCGAGAUAAGCGGGCUCACCGCCCCGCCCGCCCAGAUCAGCUACCUGCGGGGCGACGUCCGGGUCAAGAGCCACGAGGAGCUUACCGGCGCCGACGGCGUCGCCGACCAGGACGACGCCUUCAAGAUGAUCCUCACCACGCUUACCGGCGACCCGGAGCUGCCCGAGAUCUCGGCCAAGAGCGACAUCUCCGUCGCCUGCCACCGCGUCGUCCACGGCGGCGACUACCGGACCGCCAAGCUCAUCACCCCGGACACCUACCACCACCUCGAGCGGCUGACGGACCUGGCGCCGCUGCACAACGCCAACGCCCUGCACAUCAUCAGGUCGUGCAUGGACGAGCUGCCGAGCGCCCUCAACGUCGCCUACUUCGACUCCCAGUUCCACGCCACCAUCCCGCCCCACAUCAGCACCUACCCCAUCGACCAGGACAUCGCCCGCAACAACCAGCUGCGCAAGUACGGCUUCCACGGCAUCUCCUACUCCUUCAUCACCCGCUCCGUCGCCGACUACCUCGGCCGCGACCCGAGCGAGCUCAGCAUCAUCGCCCUGCACCUCGGCUCCGGCGCCAGCGCCUGCGCCAUCAAGGACGGCCAGAGCUGGGACACUAGUAUGGGGCUGACGCCCCUCGCGGGCCUGCCGGGCGCCACGCGCAGCGGCAGCGUGGACCCGUCGCUGGUAUUCCACUACGCCAGCGACGUCGGGAAGCUGUCGCCCUCGUCGACGAAGGAGCUGCACAUCUCGGUGGCCGAGGAGAUCCUCAACAAGCAGAGCGGGUGGAAGGCGCUGACGGGGACGACCAACUUCGGCGUCAUCGCGAACAGCGAGGACGACCCCAAGUGCAAGCUCGCCUUCGACCUGCUCGUCGACCGCAUCUGCGCUUUUGUAGGGUCGUACUACGUCUCGCUGGGCGGGCGCGUCGACGCGCUCGUCUUCGCCGGCGGCAUCGGCGAGAAGAGCGACAAGCUGAGGGCCGCCGUCGUCGCCCAGACCGAGUGCCUCGGCUUCCGCCUCGAUCCCAAACUCAACGCCGCCGCCAUCACCAACGUCGUCCAGGACGUCGGCAAGCAGUACGCCAGGCACCGGACGCUCGUCUGUCGCACGGACGAGCAGUUCGAGAUGGCGCGGGGCUGCGCCGAGAACGAGGAGCUGUGGUAA